AUGCCGUCUGGAAGCUCAAGCUCAAGCUCGCGCCGCUUGCGCCCUACACUGCGCCAGGCGACCUUUGUGCUCCCCAAAACAGGUCAGCGCCUCAAAGGCCUCGUGAACCUCCGAAAUUCCACCCCAACCGACGAACACGAUGAGCGGCGCGGUCUCCUCACAAACGAGAUCCAGACACAUCAUGAUGCAUACAUCCCAAGGAUCUGGCGUUAUGUCAACAAUAAAUGGGACCAGACGAAUCAAUUUUGGAGAUCAGAGCUGGGGAUUGGAGUGUUGAAAUAUAGUCUCGCCUAUUUCCUCGGAUCUCUUGCGACGUUCAUACCCGCAGUAUCAGCAUUCCUUGGGCAUCAGGAUGGGAAACAUAUGGUCGCCACAGUCACAGUCUACUUUCACCCAGCCAGGUCCCAGGGUGGCAUGUUCAAGGCCCUGAUAUGCGCGUUCCUGGCAUUCUGCUAUUCCUCUAUACUGACCAUCACGAGUAUGUUCGUGGAGAUGUUCUUCCAGGACACACUCAAACGGCCUGCCCUUGGCCAUGCAGUGGUUUUGAUUGUAUUCUGUGGCGGUGGACUUGGUUUUGUCGGCUGGACCAAGCAACGACUCGGUGAUCCCUUGGUGAACGUUGCAUGUUCACUUACUGCGCUUUCGACCAUUACCGUCUUAACCAAAGAAGGCGCCGUACAAAGUGGUGAUCUAUCUCUUGCCAAGAUUUUUCAGGUCUUGAAGAUGGUCCUCAUGGGUGUGGUAGCUGUCAUGGCGGUAUCUUACUUCAUUUUUCCCAUUUCGGCACGAAAAAAGCUGCGCGCGAACCUUGUCACUGUCACUGAUACAUUGGCAAUCAUGAUGACCACCAUUACGGAGAGCUUUUUGAGCGGCACUGAGGAAGAGCUGAAAUCCGCUGAGUUUGUCGAUGCAGAAGCCAGGCAUAGAAAGGCCUACGGACAGCUUGAUAAGCUUGUUCGAGAGGCGAAGCUUGAACAUUAUGUGGUUGGCACUGAGAAGGAGUACAGACUUGAGAAAAAACUUGUACGCUGGGUGCAAGAUAUCACACACAACAUGGGAGGACUGCGCAAUGCUGCGUCCCUCCAGUUUAGUCUGAUCCGCGAGACCAUUGCCCGUGAAUCUAGCUCCGUAGAUGAUCAACAGGCUAGCUCAUCUCAUGACUACUUCACCCCCAUCGAGCGAUCGUGGUCAUUCCCUGACGGGUCAUUCUUGGAGCCUAUCGUUGAGCGACCAGAGGAGGAACUGUCUCCAAGCGGCUCCAUGCGCUCUCGUCAAAACGAAAGCGCUCAAUCAACACCCAGGCCGUCUCUUCUCCCAGCUGAUGUUUUUACUAUUUUCAUUUCACACUUGGGGCCAUCAAUGCGAUCGUUGGCAUUUACAUUGAAGGAAAUUUUCAAGGAGAUCCCAUUUGGGCCUGCUCCGAAUUACAAGGUCUCUGUGAAUGGCCGGCUGCGGAUCAGUCUUGAUCGAGCUCUUGAACUCUACAAAGACUCGCGCCAAAAGACGCUUGCAUCGCUCUACCAGCAGAAAGAAACUAUGAACAUGAAGACCCAAGAAGCAGAAGCGGAUCUCGAGGAAGUAACAGCAAGUUGUGGUCACUUCAGUUUCUCCCUCCUUGAAUUCGGCGAACAGCUCCAAGAGAUGCUAGCCAUCUUGGAUGAGCUACAGCUCGAAGUUGAGGAACGACCAAAUGGACGAUCCUGGUCCUGGCUUAAAAUCUGGCAGUGGUCAACAGGCACAAAGGCUGCUAAAAUGGGUCACUUUGAUGACGAACCAGAAUCUAGUGUCCAUGCCAAUAAUCACAUCAACCAUCGUCGCCAUGCAUCGGACGGAUUGAUUGCACAUGACAGAGUCGCCGUCAAUGUUCGUGCCCACAAAGCACCCUCGUCGCAAGAUACAACGAAACAGAGACUAGGCUACCGCAUAUGGAAAGCGCUUGGGUUCCUUCGAAGAGAUGACACCAAGUACGCCAUCAAAGUCGGAGCAGGAGCUGCACUUUAUGCCCUGCCUGCCUUUCUUCCUUCAACUCGUCCUUUCUAUACGCACUGGCGAGGAGAGUGGGGUCUGCUGUCAUACAUGUUGGUGUGCUCGAUGACAAUCGGUGCGUCGAAUACGACGGGAUAUGCGCGUUUCCUCGGUACCUGCCUGGGGGCCGUCUGUGCAAUCGUAGCAUGGGAGGCUACGUCAGGAAAUGUGUUUGGCCUUGCAUUCCUGGGAUGGCUUAUGGCUUUAUGGACCGGAUACAUUACGAUUGUUCGAGGCAAUGGUCCGAUGGGCCGGUUCAUUAUGCUCACUUACAACCUCUCUGUGCUAUACGGGUACUCUCUUGCCCAAAAAGAAGCAAACAACGACGAAGAUGAAGGAGGCGUGAAUCCAAUUAUGAGCGAAAUCGCCCUCCAUCGUGUUGUUGCUGUUCUGUCGGGCUGUAUUUGGGGAAUCAUCAUCACUCGGCUAAUCUGGCCCAUCAGUGCAAGACGCAGAUUGAAGGAAAGCCUCAGUCUUCUCUGGCUACACCUGGGUCUUGUAUGGAGGCGAGACCCCCUUUCGAUCAUGGCCAUGGAAGAGAGGAACGUUGUUUACAUGACUCCGCGAGAGAAGCUCGAGAUCGAGCGAUUCUUAGCACGAUUGGAGUCUCUUCAAAGUGCUGCUGGAAACGAGUUUGAGCUGAAGAGUGCGUUCCCUGAAGCCUCAUAUGCCAACAUCGUUCGCCGCACCCGUAUCAUGGUGAAUUCAUUCCACACCAUGAACAUUGAAUUGAUGAAGAACGAUCCUGCCACCGAAGGCGAGAUCAGUCUUCUUCGAUACACCGCAGUAGAGAGACAGCAACUCUCUGCUCGCAUCAGUCAUCUACUCUCAGUCAUGGCUUCUUCGAUGAAGCUCGAAUACCCCUUGAGCGAUGUGCUUCCCAGCAUUGAACAUGCCCGUGACCGGCUGCUAGGUCGCAUCUAUCGCUACCGUUUGGAUUAUGAAGUAUCACAACAUACUACCGAUGAGGACUGCGCUUUGCUUUAUGCCUACAUCCUCGUCACUGGUCAAUUAUCACACGAGAUCAUGGAGAUUAUUGCGGAAAUCGGACAGCUCUUUGGUGUGCUCAGUGAAGAUGUAGUCCAGCUAGCUUGA